UUGUUGUUUUGUCCCGCCGGGUCUUUUAUUGUUAACUGAGGCGGUCGUGUUUUCUCGUUUCCUGCCGGAGUCGCUCCUCCUGCGGCCCUUCUGUUUCCGUGUCGGGGUGGAGAGUAGUGGUGUGAUUGCUGAGGAGACUUUUAGCUGACAAAAUGCAGGACCCAAACGAAGACACAGAGUGGAAUGAUAUUCUGAGGAAGAAAGGCAUUCUGCCUCCCAAGGAGGUCCCUAAAGAUGAAGAGGAGGAGGAGCUGGCCCUCCAACAACAGUCUGUGGUUCAAACAUAUGAGAGCAUGACGUUGGAAGAACUGGAGGAGAAUGAAGAUGAGUUUGGAGAGGAAGACGAAGCAGCCAUUGAGAUGUACAGACAAAAGCGUCUUGCAGAGUGGAAAGCAGCUCAGACCAAGAAUGUUUUCGGGGAGGUGGGCGAAAUCUCGGGGCAGGACUACGUGAAGGAGGUCAACAAGGCUGGAGAGGGCAUCUGGGUGGUUCUCCAUCUCUACAAACAGGGCAUCCCUCUGUGUACGCUCAUCAACCAACACCUGAGCACUCUGGCCAGGAAGUUUCCUCAGACCAAGUUCCUCAAAUCCAUCUCCACCACAUGCAUCCCCAACUACCCUGACCGCAACCUGCCCACCAUCUUUGUCUAUUUUGAAGGGGAGAUGAAGGGGCAGUUUAUCGGACCGUUAGUCUUUGGUGGCAUGAACCUCAAAGCUGAAGAGCUGGAGUGGAGAUUAUCUGAGACUGGGGCUGUGAAGACGGAUCUGGAGGAAAACCCCAAGAAGCAAAUAGAAGACAAGAUGAUGUCAUCGAUCAGAAGUUCACUUCCUACACGGAAGGACAGCAGCUCCGAAGAUGAGGACGAUUAGGAAACUCCAGACCAGAAGGAAUGUGUGGCUGCUGCACUGGAAACAUUCAGAGGACCUCAAGCGAUGACAUCUCCUCUGCAUGUACAUUUGAUGUUUUAACCAUGUAGGUGGUGCUACUGCAGGACUGCAUCCUGCUCAAGGCCACCAAAACAGGUCACAUGUGGCUGGAGUCCAAUCUACGACCUGGUUGUUGAAUGACUCUGAAGCUGUCUGUAGGAAAGCGGCUCAGAAAUCAGCCAGUUGUAAUGUCAAUAAACCAAACUCCACCACCUGAAUUUUUACAAAGGCAUCAGACAAAUUUAAAUAUUUUUAUUAAGUUUCAUACGUUUAGUUGUAAAAUGUACAUGUACAUUAAAAUCUACGAGUUCAACUGUUUGCCACAAUAUUAAUUUUUUGUCAUAAGUGCACAUUGUUUUGAAAUCCGUGUCACAGUUGUCUAUAAAGGACUUCCUUAAGAGCUUA